CUCCAACUACAUCGCCGUCACCGUCAUAACUUCAUCUGCAUCAUUAAUCUUCCCAAACUACUUCCUUGGCCAUAUCGCCCUCUCCUGAACAUUCUCGACCCAGAUUCAGUAAUACGCUUUCACCAUGAGGGAGGAAGAAACAGAUCAUACAAUAUUGCCGUCGAACUUGUCGGAUGGAUAUCGGGAGUUCAGGGGAAGAGACAAGUUCCCCUCGACCACUUUCCUUACCAUCUUAGCUCUCUCCAUAUGGCUUGGAGCUAUCCAUUUCAACGCCUUUUUAGUCCUUUUCUCGCUUUUCUUUCUCCCUCUUUCCAAGUCCCUAGUGGUGUUUGGAUUGCUAUUGGUUUUCAUGCUGAUUCCUAUUGACCCUUAUAAUAAAUAUGGCAGGCGAUUGUCCAGGUUCAUUUGUAAGCAUGCUUGUAGUUAUUUUCCCGUCACUCUUUAUGUUGAGGAUAUAAAUGCCUUCCAUCCUGAUCAAGCUUAUGUUUUUGGUUAUGAGCCACAUUCGGUUUUGCCAAUUGGUGUGGUUGCACUUGCUGAUCUUACAGGUUUCAUGCCCCUUCCAAAAAUAAAGGUCCUUGCUAGUAGUGCGAUAUUUUACACACCAUUUUUGAGGCACAUAUGGACAUGGUUGGGUCUUGCACCAGCAACAAAGAAAAAUUUCACAUCCUUCUUGGCAGCUGGUUAUAGUUGCAUCCUAGUCCCUGGUGGAGUGCAAGAGGCAUUUCACAUGGAGCACGGUGCUGAGACUGUUUUCCUUAGGACAAGAAGAGGGUUUGUCCGUACAGCCAUGGAAAGGGGCCUGCCCUUGGUUCCAGUCUUCUGUUUUGGUCAGUCAAACAUCUAUAAGUGGUGGAAACCUAGUGGGAAGCUUUACCUGGAAUUUUCCAGAGCUAUCAAGUUUACUCCAAUUUUCUUUUGGGGAAUUUUCGGAUCCCCUGUACCCAACCAACAUCCAAUGCAUGUGGUGGUGGGUAAACCGAUUGUAUUGAAGAAAAAUCCCCAACCUACCAUGGAAGAGGUCAGUGAAGUACACAACCAGUUUGUUCGAGCUCUUGAAGAUCUCUUUGAAAGGAACAAAGCUCGGGUUGGACAUGCUGAUCUUCAAUUAAAAAUUCUUUGAUUUGAAAUCAAUUUGUUCUGUAAUUGUCCCUAAAUUAUUAUUGAACAAGUACAAGGUAAAUGUAAGAACAACCUUAGUGAAUGACAAAAUAUCUUACAUUAAUUCAAAUCCUUGCAGUUAUUUUGGACUCCAGGUGCAGGAUAAACAGGACUCCAACCC